ACAGAACCAGAGAAAAGCAAGGAUGAGGAGGGAGAGGAUGGUAGGGAGGAGGGAGCAAUGUGAACAAGUGAGCGAGCGAGCGAUCAAGGGAAAGGGAGCAAGAGGGAGAGAGAGGGAGCUCUCUGAAUUGUGAGUGGCUUACGACACUCAGUGAACAGAAGGUGCUUCUGCAUGCGCUGUCAGUGGACUGGUCUGCUGCAAGGGAUUGCGCGCUCCUUUGCUUCCCACAUUUACUGCCCUGCCUGUCUACCAGCACCAGCCUUCAGCAGCCCUUCCAGCUGGGUGGGAAAAAAAGAAAAAAAACAAGCAAGGGAAUGAAGAAAAUCUGCAAGCCACAGGAGAUGCAAAUCACCUCUGAACUGGCAUGAGGAACUGAGAAGACGAGGAAUGAUAUUCAACAAGAAAAUAUUUUUUGCUCUUUUUUAAUAUUUCUUUUCUUGCAUCCAUCACUGAAAGCACGACUGACGGCUUGAAUGGAUAUAAACCCUACAAGUCAGAGAUUUCAUCAGGAGAUGGACAGAAAUGCAUGUAAACAGAUUUGCUUCAAACUUAUGCUGUGAGGAGCAAGACCGAUAAUAAGAAAGCUUUUCCGAGGUCUUUUUUUCCCUCUCUCUUUCUGGCUGUCUCGUCUUCCCUGUGAUCAUUGCAGCAGAGGACUGCGGAGGAGCUAAAGAGACAGAGCCCAUGCACGCAUACAGGGGAACUUGCACUUCCUAUCAUCUCGCUGAAAGCUACUUGGAUUCCUUCUCUAUCUGGCUCUUUCACUUGAAGAAAACUAAGACAUUGUACGCUUGCCAAGGAUCUGGUGUCCACUGAAAAGGGAAAAAAGGCGGUGGUGGGGGGGGUUGUACCACAGUGGGCUUCUUUUCAGAUUUGAACAUAAUUAGUGUUGGGGUACAAUGCAAUGAGCUUAAUGGAGAUCUUUUGAACAGGGGUGAGUAAGAAUCGUAUUGAGUAAGACCAACAGUUUUAUUUUCCGUCCUCCUCCCACUGUCUGGUACCGUAAGCAAAGAGACGUGCUCUUUAUUCUUUCAAUUGUCAUAGCCCACUCUGAUGGACUGACAACCAGAAUUAUAUCCCUAUGUGCAAAAAAAUAGAAGGGGACAAUUAAUUCUUCUUGUUUAAUCAAUUAAAUAUGGUGUAAUAUUUAUGUUCCGAUAGAGCAAAACAAUAUCCAGAGUGGUUCAAUGGACAUUUUCUCCCCGACAUUCCUGGAUAUUUAUGCUAAUGGAUUUCCUCCUAAUUGGACUGUACUUAAAGUGGCCACUGAAGAAGCCCCCUGGGUUAAUAUUGUUUUCUUUGGGAAUUUUUUUAAGAGCCAUUCCCUUGGUAGAGGGAGUUUGUCCAAGGCUGUGCCGUUGUGACAGCAAGCUGCUGUAUUGCGAGGGGCUCAACCUCACGGAAAUUCCCCGCAAUCUAAGCAGUGCCAUGGGUUUAUCGAUGAGAGAAAACAACUUGACUGAAUUGCGAGAAGGCCAACUAGCUGGUCUGUCACAGUUAACCUGGCUCUAUCUGGAUCACAACAACAUUGACAUUGUAGAGGAGGGUGCAUUUGACAGGCUACGACGGGUAAAAGAAUUAGACCUGAGCAGUAACCGGAUUGAGAGUCUGCCAAAUGGUACAUUUAGACCUCUUCCAAACCUGCGCAUCUUGGAUCUUUCCUACAACAGACUGCAGGCUCUUGAGCCAGACCUGUUCCAUGGCCUUAGAAAGCUCACAAAUUUGCAUUUGCGCUACAAUGGUCUUAAAUUUGUGCCAGUACGGAUUUUUCAGGACUGCAGGAGCAUGCAGUUUCUGGACUUGGGAUACAACCAACUGCAGAGCCUUGCACGGAAUUCCUUUGCUGGUCUCUUCAAGUUGACUGAAUUGCAUCUUGAGCACAAUGAACUGGUCAAAGUCAACCUAGCCCAUUUCCCUCGCCUCAUCUCUCUACGUACUCUGUACAUGCACAACAAUCGUGCCACUAUUGUUGUAAACACCCUAGAGUGGAUAUGGCAUUUUUUGGAGAAGAUUGAUCUGUCAGCCAAUGAAAUUGAGUACAUUGAGUCACACGUUUUUGAGAGCACCCCCAACCUCAAGGUGUUGAUGCUCGAUUCCAAUAGGCUGACCUCUGUGGACCAGCGCGUCCUGGAUUCAUGGUCUUCACUGGACAGCAUUACCCUGGCAGGGAAUGACUGGGAAUGCAGUCGCAAUGUGUGUGCCUUGGCAUCUUGGCUGAGUGCCUUCCGAGGCCAGCGUGACAGUUCCCUGUUGUGUUCAAGCCCCGACACUGCACAGGGCGAGGAUGUGUUGGAUGCCGUCUAUGCUUUUCAGCUAUGUGAGGAUUCCCCAGUAGAGGUAACCACAGCAGGCCUGUAUGCCUCAACAAGGGAUCAGGCCCAGGGUAGCUCUGUGUUUCUGGGCCAAUUCACCCCAAACCCUUACGAGGGAGAGGGUAGUGAGGUGGUCACAAGUUCAUUCACUGUCACAGUGGGCCUUGAUGACCCAGAGAGCACCAUGCAGAUCCAUAAGGUGGUGACUGGCACCAUGGCACUUAUUUUCUCCUUUCUCAUCAUUGUGCUCAUGUUGUAUGUGGCAUGGAAGUGCUUUCCAGCUGGAAUAAGGCAACUGAGGCAAUGCUUCAGCAAUCAGCGGCGUAAGCAGAAGCAAAAGCAAAGCAUGCAGCAGAUGGCUGCGAUAUCUACACCGGAAUACUAUGUUGACUACAAACCUAAUCACAUUGAAGGAGCACUGGUGAUCAUCAAUGAAUACGGGUCUUGCACUUGCCAACAACAACCUUCUCGGGAAUGUGAGGUGUGACAUUGCUUUUUUGAGUUGCCCUGUGAUUACCUGGAUACAUCCCCUUUGGAUACUCUAUAGAGAGGAUAUUGAGAGACAAAAUGGGACAACAGGAUCUUCUUGACACUUUUUUUUCUAUUCACUGUGAUGUGGCAGGAAUGUGCUUUAUUUAGCUGACUAUUUUGUGGUGGAUUUACAGCUUCUGCUUUCUCCUGCUCUUCUAAAAUCACAGGGCAUAAUGGGCACCUGACUGUCAUGUUACUGAUACUCUGAGAAAAUACACAGAACAUGAGGACAUUUUCUUGGAUGGAUAUUUGAGCUUUAACGUGUCUUUCUACUUGAGAACAAUUCAAAAUCGUUGAGACACAAACUGUGGACAGGCAAGAAGAUUAAGAAAAAAAAACAUAUUUGUAUUAUGGUACAUUAAAUAUUUCACAAGCAUUUAAAAUAUUGAAAACAUGUUUAAGUUGAAUUGAAAAAUGUAAAAAUGACAGUCUGUAAAAUAUGUUAAAAGAAGAUGUGCAAGUGUGGACGACAAAUGGGGAAAAAAAUACCCUAUUUCUUUUGUAAACUACAAAAAAAGUUUAAAUAAACUGCUAUUCACAGUUAACUAAUUUUAUAAGUGUAAAGCCGGUCACAGAGGGUGAAUGGCAGUUGAUGCAGUCUUGCAGAGCUUGCGGACUGGAGAGCAAUGACUCUGCAGUGUUUUAAAAUAAGAAAACAAAUGAAGGAAUAAGUAAAAUAUAUGAAGACAAAAAAAUGAAGACAAAUAUUGAAAAAAAUCAAAGAGACAGAGGGAUAUCAGCAUCUCAUCUUCAAUGUAAAACUUACAGUUUGAAUUCUAGAUAAGUUUUAGUCACAUUUGUGGGUUUAUCAUUCAUUGUGUUGACUCACCAUCACUGUAGUUUCUUUCUCAUGGCCUUCUUGUAAACUGAUUCAAAAGGAUCAAGUUUAUUUAUUUAUUAAUUUGUUUUAAACGGGCACAUUAUCCCUUACUGGCUCACUCAUUGUGAAGCAUUCACAUUAAGAAAAGGGAUUGUCAAAGAUCUAAAGCUUUGUCUUUCUUUGCCUCUUAUCACACUUUGGCUGUCACAGAAAAGUGUUGCCUCAUUUACCUGAAUCAAGCACACGAAACCAACGACCACGUAGACCAUGCACACAUAGGUAAAACUAUAAAUUGAGUAGUAUCAGAACCACAGAAAAGAUUAUCCACCAGCUAGCUUCAAGCAAGAUUUGCACAUGCACUAUUCGCCACUGUGUUUUCCUGUGAUGUGAAAUGUUUGUUAAAUACGAGGCCAUUAAGAGGUGUGUGUGUGUAUAUAAUAUAUAUAUCUAUUAUUC